AUGUCUUUUAUCGUUAUACUUUUUGACAAUUUUAUCGAUGAUCGAUCCUACUUUUCGUCGAUAUUGUUAUCGUUAUCGUUUAUAAAUAAUAUAAAAAUCUAUGUGGGACAUUUUUCUUUCGAUUUAUUUUUUACCAAAAUCAUAUAUGUUUUCCGCAAAAAACUAAAUAAUUUUCUUUCUUUUCCUUCCUACUUGCAGAGCUUGGGCAUCCUUGCCUCCAUACCCGCCGGCAUACUUAUAGUUGCACUAUUCGGUCUGUUACUCUAUUUGUUAACGCGCUGCUGUGAUCGCAAGCCACGCAAGCCGAGUGCACAGCGUUGCCAGAGCUGUUCGCUGGUGAUAAUUACGCUAAUGACAUGUGCGGCCAUUGGAUUGGGUCUCUAUGGCAACGAUGAUUUCCACAAUGGCCUGCUGCAGGCUUUCAGUUCCGGCAAACAAGUCGAAGGACUUGUGCUCAAUUUAAAAAGACAGACUGAAUCCAUCAAACAUGAUCUCGAAACGAAAAUGUAUCAACACAAACUCGAGCAACAAAUCGAAAAAGUACAAUACAAUCAAACAGCAGUUAUGCUGCUAAUCGACACGUGUCAAUUGGUGAGAGAGAAUACCUCACGUGCUGUCACCAGUCUCGAUAAUAUGGUGUUGUAUUUCAUGAAAACGAAAGGCAGCGAAAACGAUACGUCACUUAUGGGAUUAUUAUAUCUCGGCGAACUAUACGAAUCAAUUCGUUGGCCCGUAACCCUCGGCUUCCUCACACUACUCCUGCUACUCUGCACCAUACUGGUGAUUGGUGUAGCGCGUCGUUCGCGUUGUGCUCUCAUCUUCUUCAGCGUAUCCGGUUUAUUUUGUAUUAUCAUUUGUUGGCUGCUGGCUGGCAUUUACCUGGCAUCCUCGGUGGCAGCGGGUGAUUUCUGUAUGCGUCCGCAUGAGUUUAUGUGCCGGCAAGUGGGCAUGCGCAGCCCAUAUGUUUAUUUCCUCAAUUGUGGCACGCUGCGUAAUCGAUUCAUAUUGCGCUUGAACGAGUCACGUGAUUUGGUGGAGCGUGCGCGCGAGUCAAUUUACUUAAUUCAACGCAUGAGCCAAGAGACAUAUCCACGCAUCGAUGUGCACAAAACGCUCGAGGCCAUGGAAAAUGAUCUGGAGGAGACGAAACGCAAUCUGACCGUACUCUCAGCGACGCUCGAUCGACGCGCUAUCGAUCGUCAUUAUGCCGACGCAUUACGCGGCCUUUGUGGUGGCGGCUUGCUCGGUCUGAGCCUAAUGAUGGUCGCCGGCUUGUUAACCUCCUUUCUGCUCACCAUAUUGGUGUACGCCGAUUCGCAUGCUUGGAUCUACUUGAGCAAACGACCCAGCUCACUGGAUAUUGACAAAUCCGAAACCACGCCGCUUUUCCCAUCGAAUGCACCGAGCGCGAGCAUAUCACCCACCGCACCCCUUCAUACGGGCACCAUGAAUCGCACCCUACCGCAUCAUCAACAGUCGGCGUCGCAUGGCUUGAGCGUCGGCAGUGGUAUUACUGGCGGUAUUGGCAGCAGCGGCACGCUUGGUUCGCAUCGUAAUGGCACCGCCGGAAUCAGAACAGGGUUCGUCGCAUCAUCAUCACCUACAACAACUACAACCACACUACAAUACAACAAUCAUCCACAUAGAACUAACGCUAGCGCAGGCAUUGGUGGUGUUGGCCACACUGGCACUGGCUCUGGCAUAUUGAGCGGCCGUUUGACGAUUGGCGGCAGUGCCGGUGGCAAGGCAUCACCUUCGCCACCGCCGGGUUAUGAUGUUGUGGUGCAUGGCACAAGAUCGGGUCACCACACACUCGGACGACUACCAUCGCAUCAUCAGCAGAAUUCCUCGGGCUACCUAAGCGGUCCCAAUAAUGGCAAAUACGCUACGCUCAGCAAACAAUGUAAGACUCUUGAAUCCAGCGAUUUUUACUGAGAAUCGCUUGCCUGCAGCACAAAUGCAGGCAUUAGCAACACCAACAACACCACCAUCCUCGGCGCCAGCAACCACAUCAAAUACCAGCAGCACAACAACUCACUCAAGAAUAUAUUCACUUCGGCUACGUUACCACGCUCAGCUGGCUCAUCCAUACGCUCCGUACUCUCCGCACAAGCUGUACACCGUUCCACCGGCAAUGAUUUGGAUCGCGAUGAUGAUCGUGAUCCGCGCGACGUCACCAACAAUAGCUUCAAUCGCUUUGAUCCGAAGUACAUCAGCAUCGGACCGAAGGCGGUGCGCUGCAACAAUAAUUUGAAUAUUGUCGCCGCCGCUACAGCCAAUAAGUGCGCCACGCUGCGCCAUGUCGGCCGCUAUGGCGGCUCGCUGAAGGGCGCCAGCCCUUCGCCGAAUCUGCGCAGCGCCAAGACACCCUCCAUUGCAACCGUUUCGAAGGAUUAUUGCCAACAACCGGACUGCAUACCGCAAACGUAUACGACUGAGGUAAUUGUGCCACAUCAGCCGCAAGCACAGCAGCCGCCACCACCGCCGGCGCCUUUGCCACCACCAAAACCACGUACGACCAACACUUUCACCGAAAUACCAGGCACUACGGGUGUGGGCAGUUCGUAUGCCAAGGAGCAGCAACAAAUGCUGAUGCAGCAGCAGCAGCUACAGCAAUUUCAGCAACAGCAACAACAACAGCAGCAGCAACAACAGCAACUGCAGCUGCAGCAGCAGCAGCAACAACAAUUGGCUGCUCUGCAGGCUGUACAGCAACAACAACAGGCGCAGAUGCAACAGCAGCCGACGCUGCAUCAGCAGCUGCACCAGCAUCACCCGCCCACGACGCAUAUACUACCGCCUUCGGCUGUGUACAGCAUCGAAACGUCGGGCUAUCAACCCACAGGCGCACCACGCGAUCCACCACGGCCACCGCCGCAACGUUCACUGAAUCCCGCUUCAAUUGUCAAUCAACCGUUGCCAGAGAUUCCACAGCAAGCGCAGGCGCAACAGUCGAAAAUAUCGCCACAACCACUGUGCGCUGCCAAUCUCAAUCAGUAUCGUUCAUUACAACGACCACAAGCACAAAAAAUGCUAUUGCCCACCGCAGCUAUGACGGCACAGCCACAACUGCAGCAGCAGCAGCCACCCUCGUUGCCGCCUAAGAAGAAGACUUCACGCGAAAUAAGCACCUCGACCGCCGGCGGCACUCUUAAUGCCAAUCACUUGCAGACUUUGCCCCCAAAGUCGGCUAGUCUGCGGCAGCAGCAAUCCGCCACCAGCGCCUACAGCUACGAGCGUGAUCGUGAACGUGAACGCGCAGAGCGUCACGAACGCCCCAGACGUGCCGAAACGCUCGAUAACGCGCGUACUGCCAGCAGUAGUAGCGGCAUGGCCUUCAUCGAGCAACAAUUCGGUAGCGGUGGCAUGAAGAAGCAGCAUUCUUAUGACUCGUACACGCUACAGCAACAGCAAGCGCAGCGGCAUGCCGCCGCAACCACGCCCAACAACAACUAUCACGGCGCAAUUAGCAACAAAGAGCAACAUCAACGGCAACAGCAACAACAACAGCAGCAACAGUAUUUAAUUGAGGCACAACAGCAGCAGCUGUACUAUCGGUCGCUUAAGCGCGGUGGCUCACACGCCAACAACGAUCUCUAUUCGGGUGGCGGCGUGGAUGUUGUGCGACGUACGACAACGUGUCCCACAACAGCUGCGCCACCAACCGCAGCAGCUGCAGCCGCACAGACGGCCGCACCACCACCCAUACCAUUGCCGCCGAAGAAGCAUCGUUCCUCUGCCAGCGUAGGCACCACAACAAUGCCGACGCGCGAAAGUCAGACCACUGGCAAGGGCACAACCAUUGCAGCGACAUCCUCAGCGACGACGAUGACAUGCGACGAUCACGAAUACGAUGAAUACUGUCCCGAGCAAUACGAUGGGCAUCAUCACCACCAUCACGGGUCAGCGUCACAGGCGCAACAACAAUGCGAUCGAGAUCGUGAACGCGAGAGAGAACGAGAACGAGAACGGGAAAAGGAAAGAGACCGGGAACGAGACCGCGAACGCGAACGUGAGCGCGAUCGAGAGUCGCAUCACCGCCACAGUUCGUCGCGGGGUAGCGCGGCUGCUUCAGCGUUGAAACACCAACGUGCCGCCACCUUCGAUGUAGCGGAUGCGCGUGAUUACGAACUGCAACGGUUAGGUAAUCGCCGUUCUCAACAGCAGCAACAGUUACAGCAGCAAUUGCAGCAAGCAUCAGGUGGUGGUGGCAAAUUCCGUAGCAGCGAUCAUCGUGGCGAGCGUACACAUGAUCGUGAACGUUCACGCAGCGAUCAUCGCAUUGCCACCUAUGCGUGCGAUGAUACAGCGCUAUGUGGCAGCAGCACGGGCGGCCAUCAACACCAUCUGGCCAAUGGCGGUGUGUCGCAAUCGAGCAGGCAACAACGACGCGAAAAAACGUUCAAAGUAUGAUUUUUAGAGACGUCAUAAAAAUUUUCCCCUCCCUCUGCGGAAGCGUACGGUAAACAUGCGGCAGCAGCGGCGGCUUACAGUUGGUAAAUUGUUGCGGCAACAAACCAAUGUGGCAGCAGUCCGGCGGCAGUUGAUCAGCCGCAAUGACGGCGUGUACUUGUGCGUUUAGCGGAGGGCAGAGAGGCAGCAGCGCGGCGGAUUUAUAAUAAUAAUUGUGCGCAACACACACACACACCGUAAUAGUCCAACACCAAAUCAAGCAUCAACCCAAAGAAUCGAGAACAGCAUGGAACGUGAAACGUGGCUUAGUUGUGUUGCGUGGCCUUCUAUUAGAAAAUUAUUAGCGAAAAAUCGGCAUCAAAUCCAAAUCCUAUAUACCUACUAAGUGUAAUUUUAUCUACCUAUAUACGUACAUACAUAUAAGUAUGUAUGAUUGUAACAGUUUUGAACACUAGUGUUGUUGUGUAGUUUUAGCUUAGUUUGUGUUUUUGAAAAGUUAAAGAAACGAGCAAUUGUUGUAGUGUACUUGUAUGUAACUCUGUGCAUAUUUUUUAAAAAGUUUAGAAAGGAAAGAAACUUUAAUGCGAAAUAGAUUUAGAGAGUGUUCAAGUUGCAAUAUGGAGGAAUUUACGUCCAAAAUAAGACUUAGAAUUUUAUGGCGACGAAUGCGCGUAGACAACAAAGUUAGUAUUAUGUGAAGUAUUUUUUUUUUUUCAUUAAUAAAUUUAUUUUAAAUAUUUUUUUUUAUUUUAGUAAUUUUAGUAAUUUUUGAAAUAUACAAAAUUUGGCUACAUGGCUAAAAAGUGAUAUACUAAAAAAGUCAAAA